AAUUAAUAAUUUAAUAAAAAUAAAUAAUUCAAAAAAAAAAAUAAAACGAAAUAAAAGAGAAUCAAAAUCCAAACUUUUAAAACAAAUCAAAUGAAAAAAUAUUAACUGUAGAUAGCUAUCGCUAGCUUGUGUUUGAUUACUUAUACAUAUUGCGAAUAAAUCAAUAUCUUGCUUUAAAAUAAUUAAGUUGGAUAAGUUAAUAAUUACAAUAUAUAGUUAAGUAGUUUUCAAGACUGGAAUAGUACCUAUUAAAAUUCUUUUCCUUUAAGCAUCUAAUUUUAUUUUCCAUAAGAGUUUUAAAAUGCUAUAUCCAAUCUUAACAUCAUUUAAAACUAAUAGACAUUGCAAUAUUUCUCAUCAGUAAGUGGAAAAAGUUAUUUGGUUGAAUUUUCAAUAGUUAUAAAUAGCGGUAACUGUUAAAUAUGGUUUAAUAAUUUCUUAAAUCCAUCCUAUUCUGGCACAUACAUAAUUCCAAUAUCUAUCUAUGAUAAAUAUUAGAAUAGAUAAUAUCAGAAUCAGAUACAGAUAUAAUAAAUUAAUUCUAAUAAUAACAUAUAACUGUAUUUCAAUAAUGGAUAACAAACCAACAUUCAAGGUACCUUAAAUCUAAAUAUUUAGCCAUCGAUUCUUCUUCCUUCUGAUUUGGGCAUCUCAAUAAAGCUUCCUUAAUAUAGUGCUUCUAAACCAUCAAUGAAUUAUGUUAAUAACCCUGUUACUUGCAUAUUGAAAUAGUAAUAGGGUAAUAUCAAUCUGCCAUGUGUUCUAAAUGCUUAAAACUUGUUGAACAUAACUAAUAUACUUACUACUUCUUAAACUACUAUAACUCCAUUAACCAUCUAAAUUGCAAACGUGCUUGCACCUAUAUCUACUUAACCUGUAGUAGGAUUUAAUGUAUCUUUAUACGGCUAAACAAACGGAGGUUUGAUUCAAUACGAAAAUAACAAAUCAGUAAAUGCGUCAUCUGCAAGCAAUCCAAAUUCAAUAACUAUAAGCUCUUCUAAUUAGAAUACUUUAAAUACAACUAGUUUAGUAGUUAACAUUAAAGCAUAAACAUUUUUUUCUCCAUCUUAUGUUAUUAUAUUUAAGCUUCCAAUAGACUUUGUAGUAUCAAACUUUUAAAGUUAACUCAAAGGAUAUACACAAGAUGGAAGAUAAAUAACACUUUCAAUUCAAAAAGAUUAAUCCAUACUUAUUUAAUCAGAUAUAAGCGUAGCUGGAGAUGAUUCUAAGUUUUAUUUUAGGCUAGAUGGUGUCUAAAAUUACUAAGGAGCUUAUUAAACUUCUACCUACUUCUAAACAAUAGUGUAUUCUGAUAAUACUUUACAAUACAUAGUUUGCUAAGAUCUCAACAGUAUUCAAUACUAAACACUCUCAAGCUAGCUUGUAAUUAAUAAGUUUAGUUUUUUGCCAUAAUAGGUUUAGAUUGUGAGUUCAUACAUUUUUUAAUUUAGCAUGAUGAAUUCUCUAGAUGCUACAAGUAUGAUUUCAAACCGUAUUACUAUUAAUCUUCCUAGCUAAGUAAGUUACACAACAAAUAUGGUAAGCUCUAUGCUUGGAAAUGGAAUUGUUAGUUGUAAUAACUAUAUAAAUUUCAUUUAAUUUGCUAACAUUUCUGCUUCAGCAACUUGUGAAAUGCCUUCUGAUUCUGUUAUUAGAAUUUAUAACUUUUUCAUUUAAAAUAACAACAAUUUAGCAAUAAACUUGAAAUAAGUAGUUAAUCCUUACUCUACAGCCCAAACUCAGAAUUUCGUCAUAUAAGUAGAAAUUUAAAAGAGUACUAACCCAAAUUGGCUAACUGUGUAUUAAAAUAGCUAAAAUGAUGGUACUACAAGCAUUGUUGCCUCAAGUGGAUAAAUUUCACUUCUCAAAUUUUAAGGUGUAAAUAACUAAAUUACUUUCAAUCAAAAUAACUAUCUUAUAUCCUUUAGCACUACUUCGCAAUUAAUACCUAAUAGUUUUAUUGAUAUUUAAUUUCCACUCGAUGAUUUUCUAUUUAAAUAAAUUAGCUAAUCAUCUUUCUCAUGCUAAUUUAUUAGUGGAUAGUUUUCUUCUUAGAAUUCAUGUUCUCUAAAUAUAGGAAAUAUUGUUGAAAUAAACCUCUAAUCCAGUCAAAGUAUUCCUUCUGGAUCUGUGAUUACUCUUAUGAUAAAUGGUAUAAUAAAUCCUAGAUCAACAAGGCCUACUGGAUAACUCAACAUCACAACUUUAUCACCCACUAGAAACAUAAUAGAUACAAUAUAGACCAGUAGUAGUAUUGGAAGUCUAAGUAUGAGCAUACCUAAUACUCUUUAAAUAUUUAGUGUCUAGCCUUAAUCUUUCUUAAUUGGUGAUAAAACUAUGUACACUUUUACUCUUUAAUCUCCUGUUUAGAUCCUUUCUGGAGAUGUCUUAACAAUAAAUGUUUUAGAACUUUUGCCUCAAAAUUAGUAAAGUAUGAUAUGCAGUGGAAUAUAAGGUUUACCUAUUACUUUAAGCUGUUCUUAGAGUGGUACAAAUAUUACUUUAACCAUGCAAUCACCAAUAGCCCCUAAUACCGUUAUAUAGUUUACAGUUUCAAAUCUUUAAAAUCCUUACUCUAAUGUGAUAUCAGCUCCACUUUUAUUUUGUAUUUAUGACUCGUAAGGCUAUAUAAUAGCAACUUCUUAGUUUUCAGAUGUGGCUAAGAGAGGAAGCUAAAUAGGUUAUGACUCAGUGAUAUUCCAAUAAACAUCUGUAACGCCAGAUAGCUACAAAGUUGGAUAGAUAACAACCUAUAGAUUAAACUUUAAUCUCCCAAUCCCCAUAAAUUAAAGUUAAUCCAUAAUAAUUUAUCUCCCUAGUGAUAUUGGUAUCAAUAACUCAAAUAUAAGUUGCUACUUAUUAUUUAAGAAUUUAUCAUAAAAUACAAACACAAUAUGCAGUUAUCAGUAAGCUAACCAUUCUAUUUUAAUUACAAAAUUCUUGCCAAUUAGUAAUAGGAGAUUACUUAGCUCAGGCCAAUAGUAUAUCUAAAAGGAAUACUCAGAUAUAUAGUCCAUGAACUUUUAACAAGAGUAAAGAUAUCUCUCAAGUAUUUCAACAAUACCAAUAAACACAAAUUUGAUAAUUUCUUUAACUGGUAUACAAAAUAAAUUAAACAAUGGUCCUUUCUAAAGCAAUACAUCCUCUUAAUUUAAAGUUUCUAUAAGUAAUAUCGAUAGCUCUGGUAAAAUAGUAGAGUUAGCUUCAUCGAUAAUUAGUUUAGCACCUUCUUAUACCUGUUCAUCACCAUGCAUUAAUUGUUAAGGAAUCGAUACUUAAUGCACUUCUUGCUAAGGAUCAUAAAUUCUUCUUCCUGAAUUAAGCUAAUGUGAGGCUAACUGUCCUAAUAACUAUGUCAGGGUAUAGAGUCAAAAAUAUUAAUAGUAAGUAUGCCUGAGGUGUUUGUCUUUUGAGUCUGAUAUUAACUGCUCUUCAUGUGAUCCUUACAACUUAAAUGUAUGCACAUAAUGUGUUAAUAGAUAUAAAUUAAUUUAUGAUUAGAAUGGAACAGCUCGUUGUGAGGAAAUCAGUAGCGAUAAUGACCCUCUUCGUGACUUUGUUUACAACAUUGAGUACAAUCUACCUUAUAUUUCCUUAUACAUUUUAAUUGUUAGCAUUUAUUGUAUAGUAAGAAAGAUAUUUAAGGUAAAGAAUCUGAUCUUAGUUGCAGUCUUACUCUCAUGCUAUUCUUUAAUUGAAAUCAUUGUACUAAUAGCUUUUAUUGUUAAGAUAUGUCUUCUUCAAUAAUUUUUACCCAUAUUGCUUGCAGGAUUGCUGAUUUUGGUAUAUGUUGUUUCUCAGUAUUUCUUUGCUUACAGAUUCAAAAAAUCACUUUUCAAAGAUCAGGGAUAUAACUUAUAUGAACCAAACUAUAAAACAGUGAGAGUUGUGUAAAAAUUAGCUCUUAUUUUUAACUUUAAAAUAUUUCUGAUGUAUAGAAGCAACUUUUCACAUAUAAAAGACAUCUUUUACAUACCUUUUAGUAAUUCAUAAUUACUUUUGCACACAAUAAAAAAAGGUUUAUAAAUUUGUCUUCUUCUAGGGAUAGCAAUUCUAGCAUUUGAUGGAUGGGUUAUGUAUUACACAUACAAUUACAGGAAUGUAAUUAUCCCUCCAUUUUUCUUUAUUGAAUUUGCAUUUUUCCAUUUUUUGAUUGUAAUAAUGCUUCUACUCCUCCUAAUUCCAAAUAAAAAAUAUAGUUUAGAUAUUAUUUUCGAUUCUGUUAACGAAAAUGACAUUAAGUAUAAAUCAAAGUAACUUGAUUUAAAAAAUAUAUCCUCUACUUUAAUUUAGACCAAGACUAUAUAGGCUGUAGAUCAUUAAAAUCAAUUUUAAACUCAUUCUAUCUACAUGACAGCUAAGAAUCCAACUUACUCUUCAUCAGACAUUUAACAUAUAAGUGUUACUAGAAAUAACAUACCUAGAAGCACGACUGUUAUACACUUAGAUAAUAAUGCAAAAAAAUAUGGCAAUUAAUAAGAUUAAUCAUUAAUUUAAAACGAAUAAAAAAGCAAUUAAAUGAUCCCUCCAAUAAAUAAUAAUAGAGAUAAGAAAUAAUUACCAGGAAUGGGCAAGUAAAUUAUGAAUAAAUAAGAGAGUUAAUCUUUUUUGAUUCUUAAUAAUGGACUUUAACAAAACUUAUCAAAUUCCACACCAAACAACUAAUCUAUGAACCAUGAACUCUUCCCUUCUAAUUUUAAUUCUUCUUCUGAAUUAUAAAUUUAAGAAAGAUUCCAAAGCCAAGCACAGAGGUCUCCUAUAAAUAUAAAUAAUCACAGUAACUCAUCUAACAUCUAAAUUUAACAAUCGGAGUCAGAAGAUGAAAAGAAAUUAAAAAAAAUAAAUAACAAUUAUAACAAUUAAGAAUCUGAUUAAACUAAGUCACAUAAAUCAAAAACUAUACACAAUAUUGAUUCUAAUUUAAAUAGAGACAACUAUCAUUAGUAAAUGAUAUUAAAUAAUUAAAAAUUAUCUUCUGAUGAUAGAAGUCCUUAAAGCCACUCACCAGAAUAGGUGAAUACAGGAAAUUUUGAAAAAUAAUCUACAAGUGUUUAGUCACAAAGACAUUAAGAAUUGAAAACACCAGAUAAAUUAACAAAGUCAAGCUCAAAAUCCUUGUCACCUAAGGAUUUAAGCAACCAAAAGCUUACUUAAAAAGAAAAAAACUUAGAAGUUUAAGCUCGUACUAUUUUUUCACCUACUUAACUUUUAUUGAAUAAUUUAGAGGAACAGAAAAAUGGAAUGAAAAAAUCUUAAGAUAUAAAAUAAUAGAAAUAAUUCCAACAAAUUUAAUCUAGCAAAGCCUAAUUAGAUGAAGCUGAUAUAGAAGUUGAUAUUUAAGACUCUAAUAUCAGAAAUCUAAAAAAUUAAAUGUAUGCCAGUAAGCAGCAUUAAAAUAAUUUUUAUAAUAAGAAAUAGUAAAACAGAGUAUCUCAGCAGAUUUAAUCUUCAUAAGAUCAAACUUAAAAUAAUCUUACUGAAAAAUAUACAGAGAGCUCUCAAGAAGUGGAGGAAAAUCAUUGCUUAAAUGCUUAACUUUAGUCAUUAACUAAGCACAAUAAUUUAAGCUAAUAAAAUAAUCAAUUCAUAUCUCCUAGAGUGAAUAUACUCCAAGCAAAUGAUAUAACAAAUUCUUAUAGUACUCCUUAAAUUGGGUAAUAAAUGAGUAAUUAAACUAGCUAAAUGUAAGAACAUGCAAACUAAGAAUUAUAAGAACAAUAAUUGAGCAAUUUCUCAAAAUUUUAAGAUAAUAACUAAUCAAACAAUAAUAUGAAUAAUCAAUCUGAGAAUUCCCCAAUAAACUUAAAAAAGAAUUAAGCUUUUGAUUUAAACAAAAACUAACCUCCUUCAUUCUCACAAAAUUUAAAUAUAUCUAAUGGUAAAUAAAAUAAUUACCAGCAGUUAUACAGUUUUAACAAUAACCGAUAGGCUAAGAUUCCAUCAACAUAAUACGUUUCUAGUUUUGAUAAAUUUUAAAUGGAUAAUAAUCAAUAAUAACUCCUUUCAUAAAACAAUCAAUAACCUGUAAAUACUAUACAAGAAACUAGAAAUAUUCCUAUAUAAAUCUAAACCAACUAAUCUACUCCUACUGAUUAAAAAAAAAAUAGUAAAAUUUUUGGCAAUCUUUUACAUGAUAUGCUUUAGAAUCCUAUUUCUAGUGUUAUAUAGAGUACUGAUAGCAAAACUAGCUAAUACUUCCCAUAAGAGAACAUCAGUAACUAUUGA